AUGGUGAACUUAACAGAGAGCAACAAUCUGAGCAACACUUCUUUGUUGUCUAAUUUAAAACCAUUUAAUGAAAAGGCGUUGGUGGUGCAGGUUCUGGUGGGAAUACUUCUCUAUGUAAAUGGACUGAUGAUCUUCACUUUCCUGAAGAAAAAUGUCUUCUUUGAAGAAACACGUUACAUUUUGUUUGCUCAGACGCUUUUUGUUGAUUCUUCUAAUAUGCUGUUAACUUGUUUAACUAUGACAGGAAUUAUUAAUCAAUAUGCAGUCCACAUUAUUCCAUGUUGUAUUUUCUGUACAGUUAUGUCUGUGCUCAAUAUUUGUACUCCUGUGACUCUUGUAGCGAUGUGUUUGGAGCGCUAUGUGGCUAUAUGUAUGCCUUUAAGACACUCCAGCAUUUCAACACCCAAAAACACUUUUAUUGGGCUUCUUGUGAUAUGGGCUGUCAGUUUUGUUUUACCACUGUUUGUACUUAUAGUGUUUCUUGUUUAUGCCUCACCUGUUGGCCUGCGCUCAUAUGUUAUCUGUAGCCUGGAGGUCAUGUUAAUAGUAAAGUGGCUGGCAGACACGAGGGCUGCAAGUCUACAGAUAUUAUUUAUCAUAAUGUUUUGUAUUGUCAUCUCCACCUACAUUAAAAUUGUGGCUGCAGCCCGAUCAGCCACAUCUGAAAACAAAAAGUCAUCUAAGGGUCUCAGAACUGUAAUUCUCCAUGGUAUUCAGCUGUUUCUAUGUAUGCUGCAGUUUAUAGUGCCUUAUAUAGAAAUGCCUUUAUGGAAAGUAAAUUUAGUGGUGUUUGUUAAUGUAAAAUACUCAAAUUACAUUCUGUUUAUUAUCUCACCUCGUUGUCUGAGUCCAUUAAUUUAUGGAUUAAGAGACAAAAAGUUUUGUAAUGCUCUGAAACAUUAUGCCUUUUGUGGCUUUGCCGUGGUUAAUCGGCACAAAAUACCGCAUGUUAAAACAAUCCCAUUAGAGGUGUAUUAACAAAUGGUCAAUACAGUAUGUCAUGUACUGCUUAUAAAAUAUCAUGAAUGCUUAACAGUGAUGUCAAAUAAAACAUUGUACUUUAUUUCAAGUACUUGCAGUGCAUACACACUUUGCUUUGUAGCAAAAAUAUUUAUUGUUAAUCCAUGAUCUUCUUUUUUUUAAAAACAAUUUAACUUCACUUUUUUAGUGAUAUAGUUAUAUAAGUUUUUUUAUGAGUGGAAAUAAUUCAUCUUACCAGUACAGUAACAUUAAAUCAAAUGUCAUUUAGUGUCAAGUCUUAUUACUUUGUAAAUGUACUAUGACU